GUUUUGAUUGAACAUAGUUUGAACUUUAAGGUUUGAAAUGAGCUUCCUCACUAGAAACAUAUAUUGACAUCUGAUUCUGAUGCAAAAAUGGGAUUAACAUCAGACGCUAGGGUUGUUUGGCCUUUCCUCAACGGCAUAGCUACAAUUUAUAAACCCGCUAGUUACGGUUUGCACAGAACGAGAAACACGAUACUGACGCACUUAUGCAGAGAUUUGAACGCGUUAGAAGGCCGUCCACAGCGGGAGUAUGUCAGGAUCGAAGGAGAAACUAAUCAACCGAUGACUGUUCAGGUCGUUCCAAAUUUGGCCGAUCAUUUAUUAUUAACUGGGUCUCAUUAUCAGCAAAAAGAUUUUAAGCUAUCUUGGGCCAAUUACCUUGGUCAUAAUACAUCUGGUGUUGUGGUUAUUGGAAUAAAUGAAGGCGCUAGAACAGUGGUACGCAUGCGGGAAUCAAACCCAACAAGAUUCUACAAAGUCAAAGGGGUAUUCGGACAAGCAACGGACAAUUACUUCAUUUCGGGUAAAAUUAUGGAGAAGGCUACCUACAAGUCUAUCAAACGAGCCACUGUGGAUGCCGUCUGUGCGUCGAUGCAAGCAUCGCAUCAACGGAAGAUGUUUGAACUAUGUGGUGUAGAUAUGCAGUCUCAGGCUGCUUAUGAGUUGGCAGUUCAAGGCCCGAUCAGACCAGCAAAUAGAAAAAUUCCUAUGAUUUACGCCAUAAAAUGUGUUGCCUUUGACCUGCCAAAAUUUACUCUAGAAAUAGCAUGCAUCAAUGAGUACGAGAUGUACCUCAAGACUUUGGUUCACGAAUUAGGAAUUCAAUUACAUAGUGCUGCUACUUGUACACAAAUACAAUGUUUCAGAUACGGUUUGUUUACAACUGAACUUGCACUGCUCAAGAAACAUUGGGAUAUCCAAAGUGUACUUGACAAUAUGGAAAAGAGUCAGGCUAUUCUUGAUAACAACAAAUAUUUAGUGAAACAAGAUAGUCCUACAUUGUUAGAACAACAGAUAUAGAUUGCUGUACAAAAGCUGGAUUAUUCUCAAGUCAGAAUUCAUUCGUGACUAUUCUUCCGAAUCCUUUCACUUUGGGAGAUAAGUCAUUUUACUAAAGAGCUUUGAUAUCAUUUAAAAAAAUAUCCACUUAUUAAAUCCUCUGGCGCAAUUGAUCUGUCUAUGUAAUUAUGUGUAAAUAUUUUAAUCCAUUAAAUCGAAAGUUCUUAUAUCCUCAAAUUAUAAGUA